AGGACAGGCAGAAUGGCUGCACAGUGCCGUAGCUCCAAAUGCACGGCAGAGAGGAAAGGAUUCCGGCGGGAACUAGAUUCCUGGCGGCAUAAACUGGUCCACUGUGUAGGUUUUGAAAGUAUACUAGAAGGGCUCUAUGGGCCAAGGCUACUUAGGGACCUCAGUAUAUUUGAGGACUGUGAACCAGAUGAGGUGAAUGAUUGGUCUAUGGAUGAAAACUGUUCAUUUUGCAGACUACAAAUAGAGAAAGUCAAUGAUACUAUUCCCACUCUUUGUUCAUCACAGACUCCUCCAACAGAAGAAUCUCUAUCUCAGGGCCAGUCUAACAGUGAGCAAAUUGAAUGCCAAGCAGAAAAAAUUCUUCAUGCAAUCUUUCAAAAGAAAGACCUUCCUCAGAACUGUGAUCUGAACAUUCCCUUAGUUGCUCAGGAAUUAAUGAAAAAAAUGAUUCACCAGUUUGCUGUUGAAUAUGCUUCAAAAAGCUAUCAGAUUCAGGAGACAAAUGUGUCAUGUGUGGAUUUGGAUUCAGUUUGUAGCAGUCUCCAGCAACCACAAGAUCAAGAUGGACCGUUGGACCUCACUGUGAAUAGAAACCAACAGAAUUUUGAACAAGUAGAUGGGGUGCUUGAUCUGUCAAAGAAAACUAGUGCCACUUCUGUGUCAGUGUCAUUAAAUGUAGCAUCAGGCUCCAGGGUACCUGUUGAUGUUGACCCAUUGCCACACCUGGAAAGCACAGAUGAAAAGUUGGAUCUAAGAAGAACAGCUCUUGAAAUGGUCAUGUCGUCCUUGUGUCUGUACCAUAAGCAGCUGCUUCUCAAUAUGUUGAGAUAUAUGUAUGAAGAUUACAGUUUUUCAGCUGUUCAAAAUAAGGACUAUAAUAGACCUUUUCCUUAUUCAGACACCCGUUGUCGCAAUUUUGGAAAUAAGGUGCAUCAGGAAAUACACAGUUUCAGAGAACACAAAAUGACAGACAGGUGUUGUGUUCAUUCUUGCAGACUAAAUGCAUACUCAGUUCCUCAUUUCUGCAUCUGCCUAAAGAGUCUACAUUGCUUAUCAUGCCAAAGUACAGCUAUCGGAUGCAUUAACAAAGUGGUCAGUCACAGCAGUUGUGAUGCUUACAGCCACUAUAGAUGUCCUUGUUCUUACCAGAAUUAUAGUUGUGCUGCCACCACUGCAACAAAACCUCCAUUUACACGUCUGACAAUGUGUGAUCAGUUGGAAGCCAACAGUGAUUGCGCUAGAACCGGCAGCCCAUCUCCUCCUCCAUUAUCGCCCAUAGCAAUUGACAAUAUGGAUAAAUACGGAGAAAGGAGCACAAGUUGUCCAGUUUUAGUUCACAACAGAAGUGAAAUUUGCAGUAAUCUGUCUCCAUCCCAUUUACCACAUGACAAGGAAGGUAAUGUUGAUUUCCUAACCGAUGUCUAUGAGAAAAAGUCAAAUAAGGAGACAAACUGUACUCCUCAACCUAAGGGUAAAAUACAGCCAGCUAAUGAGGGUGAUGCAUGUUCAGAAUACCCUGAGGAACACUUAAAACAAACUGAAAGUGGAUAUUUGAUUGAUGAUCUAAUGGAGCGAAUAAAUGAAAAGCUGAAACCACUGGAAAAAGAAUCAAGUCUAGCAAAUUUAGCUGCUAAUGAAAAUGUAGAAGAAAAUGAAAAUAUUCAUUUAGGAGACAUUAUAACAGCUAUACUGCAAAAGGACAAUGACAAGAAUGAUUAUAAUUUAAAGGAGCUUCUUAUUCAGCAUGAGCAAUGUGUGCAAAGCAAAACAGUUCAAACACAUUUCCGCGGAAGGCAGGAAACUUUAAUUUCAAUAUGUCACCCUCUUGACUCUCCCUCCUCACGUCAUCAAGCGUUACACAUUAAAAGAGAAAUUGCUAAUCUUGACCAGUCUUUCAUCAGGAGAAAUGCAGCAGUGGAAAGACAUGAAAUAAAAACUGACAAUAAAUCUUCACUUGCACCAAGCAUGGAAACAAUGCCUUUAAUUUUUGAUCCUGAAAAUGUUUCUGCAAAAAAUGGGCAACCUGCUAAUGACAAUCAAGUUCCAGCUUGUGAGUUGCCUUCAGUGGGUCUUCAGGGUGAUCCAAUUAAAAUGUCACCAUAUGAAUCAAAUUAUUCAAUCACAGAAAGCCAUCCAGAUAUGUCAAUAAGUGCUGUAACCUUAGAAACACCACAUAAAAGUGGUGAUAUAAGUGCAGAUGAAGACAAGCAAAAAAAGGUAGAAGCAAAGGACCCUUUCAAACCUGAAAACGUUGGUGGUUCAAGAAGAGCUCAAAGAAAUAUUGUUCCACCUGAACGGCUUUCCAUGUAUGUUACAGAGCCUAGAAAGAUGUAUCUUACUGCUUGCUUUUCGGAAAGCCUUUUCAUUCAAAAAUCAGCUAAAAUUAAAAAAUCUGCUAUGGCUUGUGGGAGUCAUAUUGCGGCCAGAAGUGCGCCUUGUAAUGAAAUUUCCAGCCAGUGGAAGGAUCAGAUUAAAAAUUGUGAAGCUGCAAUUGUGACUCCAGAUUUAAUCAAGCAAGCUCUCCCAGAAAAUGUUCCUUUGAAUCUUUGUAACAGAUCAACACGGAGAAGUAAAGUUAGGGAAGCAGCUGUGCCAAAAGAGGCUAACGCUUCAAAAUCUUCAAGUAUUACAUGUAAUGAAAAGGAUGGAAAAAAACAGUGUGCACAGAAAAGGAAAAGGCAUUUCAUUUCCAGUUCAUCAAUACGUUUAAGGUCUUCUGUCGCCCGUGUUAAAGAAAACUCACAGUCAAAUUCUAAUAGUACUGAAAGUUCAGAGAAUUGUUCAUCCAUCACCAAUUCCAGUACAUCUAUCAGCAAAACUGAUCUCCAGACUGUGUCUGAUUCAUUUGAAAAUAUAUCUGUGCUUAACUAUACUAGCCCAAUAAGACUGAUGUAUUUUUCUCAAAUAGACAGUUCUGAUGGGGUGAAAUACAAAUUAACUUCUUCAUUUUCUAAUACCGGUAAGGAAGGUGGUUCACUUAUCCCAUGCUUUGAAAGUGUAGUAAAUGGGGAAGAAGCAAAUGUACUGCAAGAAACAAGGAAUGAUGAAAAGGCCAUGUACUCACAAAACUAUGAAGCUGGCAAUGAGGGGAUAGGCACUAAUAAAAAUGUGUAUACUACUGAAGCAGAGAGCACACUGUCUAGUAAUGAAAAGAACUCUGAGUGUCAUGAUCAAAAAGAGAAAGAAAACCAUCCAGAUGCUCAUGUAGAGAAGAAAGACUUUUUUCUAAAAAGAAAACCUGGUCGACCUAAAAAACUAGGCCCACAAAUUGAACAACGGGUGAAGAGACCAAUUGGUAGACCACCAAAACAUAAGAGGGAGUGCUGUGAACCUGUUUCUAGUAAGAGUGAUGCUGUAGACAAUAGCAGUGCUGAUUGUUCACUGGCCAACAACGAUGAAUCCAAUAACAAGACUAUCAAAGUCACUGUGGUCUAUGGGCGAUCUAGAAGAAUAAAGCGCCUUGUAUCUGAAGAUGAUAAUAUUAAUAAAGAUUUUCAAAAUAACUUCUGUGAAAACCAAAGAGAAAAUGAAGAUUCAGAGGCAGAUUUCAAAGAACCUUACAGAAGUGAUCACUCCAAGCAAGCCAGUGUAAAGCAAGCGGAAGACAAUCACUUUGACUUUGUAAGGCCUGUAACAGACAAGGAGUGUGUGCCCCACCCUAGCAGCAACAUUAUUUGUCAAAAUCAAGAGGUUAUGGCUGCUGUCAGAAAGCCAGGACGACCUGCAAAGGUGAAAAUUUCAGGCAUCUCUGUAACUGUUAACACAGUUUCCCCAAAGCAAAGGAAAAUUUGUAUUUGCAGGGAAUUGUCUGAGGUGCUUAAUGAGGAAUCUGAGCCAAUCAAACUGGAAAUUGAUGACAAUCAAAGUGCCACAAAAGAGCAGACAGUUGAACUACCUUCAAAUGACAGUAGUUUAGGCCGGUCAGAGAAUGAAGACAAAAAAGUAAGAAACAAAAAAAAACCUGUACUGCCUGUGAGGUAUUCCAAAAGAGUCAGGAAACCUUCAGUACACUUCCUGCACUCUGUGGCAACGUCUAGUGCAUUCUCUAGUGCCUUGCUACUGAAUUCUCGAAAACUGCUGUUAAACAAAGCUGGUAGUGAAACUACGAGACAUUGUCUGGCAAACAUUGAAGUAACAGUUAAUGAUACCUCAGAAGAUACAUCCUUAGAGACCGAAAAUAAAAGUCCUCUCACUGAACAGGUUAAUUUUAGUCAUAUAUUUGAAUUGCCAACUGAUUCAAUUUUUGCAUCAAAUGCAUCUCUCAGGUGGUGGUCUAUCUCAACUUCAAGGGACCAUUUACAAGCGGAGCUGCACAGGAGAUUUCAGCAAAUAACAAACAGUUGGCACUCGGUUGAUGUUGGAGAAAUAGGAAAUGAACAAAGAGAAAGGGAACACGCAGUCCAAGACGGGACAUGGGCAAUGCCAAGAAGUGAACUUCAAGAAAACCAAGUGUCGGCGGUUAAAAUGCUAUUUCAGAAACACUGUGAUAUGAAUAAACUUUCUGCUUGGUUCAUGGAAACCACAGAAACACAGUCCUUGGCCAUAGUAAGGAAGACUCUUGCCUGUAAUUCUUCCAAAGUUCUGCAUUAUAAAUGCACCAGAGCAGCAAACAGAGCUGUUAUCUGCCCCAAUCCACUAGCAGAAUGUUUAAGUAAACGCAUAAAAAAAUUUGCACAGGUAUCCCCUACAAGCCCUGCAAGACAUUUUCAGAUGCAGGACACAAUGAGAAAGAGGCGAUUAUACUUUAGGAGAAGGCUGUUAUUAGGCAAACUGGGCACCAUUCCAUCAAUGAUCUUGAGCAAGCAAACAAAAACAUUUGGAGGAAACACAAUGCAUAGAAAUGAAAAAAAUCCUUGGAGAAGAAAGUCCAAAUUCAUGUACAGAGCUUUAAUCUACAAGAGACUGGCAAGAAGACAAAACAUCCGAGCUUUGACUCUUGUUAAAACUUCUCCAGAUAUCCGAACAGAAAACCAUGAAACAACUCAGUUGUUUCCAGACACAAUGAAGUCUUCCUUUAUGGGAAUCCAAAGUCAUUCACUAAACUUGUCAACCACUGCUGGGGAAUUGAAUAUCCAGCAGAGCACAACAGAAGAGCCUGACCCAGAAGAGAAAAUCUGUACAAAUAGAUGGAGCCCAGAAACCUUAAAGGAAUGUAGGGUGUUUCUGACAAAAAUCAACCCUCCAGAAAAACAGAAAAGCAGCAACAUUCAGUCAAAAAUUCCAGUAGUAGAUAAAUCUGUUAAAGCUGACAGCAGCAAGACAGAUUGUGCAGUUGAAGAAAGUAAUUUGUGCACUGUAAAACUGUAUGAUGUUCUCUCUGCAAGUAACUGUGUGUUUCCUGUCAGUAGAGAAAGAGAAGACCAAACAAGCAAGUUAGAAAAUGAGAGCAGCAGAAAAAGCCUUGCCUCUCAAGAAACAAAAUAUUCUCCAAAAAGGAAUGUAAUUUGUAAGCAAACAAAUAAUGAUGAGCCAUUGUGCGACAAAUCAAAUCGAAACUUUGAAACUGGAACGAUAUCUCUGCUAACAAGAAAAAGAACAAGCCUCAACAUGCGGCUUGAGGAAGCUGUAAAAAAGAGAAGACAGUCUCUGAAUGGAUGGCCAUCAGGAAGGAAUUCUCAUUGGUUGUUAGGGCCUUUAAACUACAUGCAACAGUCCUGGCGUGAAAGAAGUGGAAAUAGAGCUGCAGUGUUUUCUAUGACCCCAAUUAAUGUGCUGUCUUUGGACUGGUCGGGCGGAGACAUAUUGAUAAAAUGAUUUUAAUGUAUAGCACUAGCUUGACUAAAAAAAAAAAAAAAAAAAAAAAUAAAAAUGACUGUUGAAAUAUAGGCCUAUACAUACAAAUUAUAAAAUGUGAACUGUAUAUUUGAUUUACAAAGGUGUUGCGAAAGUAGCACAUUUGGUGUAUGAAGCUUUUUUUUUUUAUUUGGAGUGUCUUCUACAGUUAGUUCUCUGCUCAUGUAAAAAUACUAAAAUAAACUAGUCCAAUUACUUGACACACAUUUUGACUAGAAUCUUCUUCUUUGACAAAUAAUUGAACUUGUUUUUUAUUUUAUUUCUACAUAUCUUACAAUUGAGUGUUUUAUUAUUCAGUUUUGUAGUUAAACUCAACCUUUCAACUUCAAUUGUAAAUUGUUAUGAAAGCAAAAACAAUGUUGAGGUUAUUGGAGAAACGUAAACGUUCAAAAUAUACAAGCUUUUUCCAGAUAUGCGCAAAUAUGUAGGUGUGACAUACAGAAGGACAGACAGCCGGACACCCACCUUUAUCUCCUGAAUCUAAUAUUCUAAAUACGUUCUACUAAAUAAUGUUUUGUUUCAUGACAAUUUGAUAAGAAGUAUAUUCAUGGAAAAAUGUGAAGUGAUAUACGUACACCGACGUCCACUAUAUCCCCUUCACUGGGGAUUGGAAUCGAGGUCAAUGCCGUCCAUUAUGUCGGACAGUACAGCUCAAUAGAGCUCUCACGUUAGUGAUGUUCCAGAAACUUCUAGGCUUGAUGACACUAGCUUCCCAGACCUGGCCUUGAAGUAUUUUUUGCAGGAGGUUCGAGGGAGACAUGUGCUUGUCCGUACAGACAACCCAACAGUGGUGGCUUACAUCAACCACCAGGGUGGCCUCAGGUCGCCCUGUCUCGAUCGCAUGGCCUGCAAGCUUUUGCUCUGAGCACACGAGAACCUCCUCUCACUAUGGGCAGAGAUAGAUCUCUUUGCUUAAAGCAGAGGCUUCAUUCCAAGGUGGUGAGCCUCAUUUGGGAGAGGUUUGGGAAAGCAGAGAUGGAUCUCUUUGCUUCCCAGGAAUCCACCCACUGACCCCUCUGGUUUUCCAUGAUAGGUGGCGGGACAGUGGUCGAGGCAACUGUUACAUGCCUUCCCACUGGUCGUCAUGCUCCCGCUGUGUCUGGAGAAAAUCAGACAGGACCGAACCAAGAUGUUUUACUAUAUAUAUAAAUAUCGUGUAUUCACAGUAACUAACACUCAGCAACCUCGGAUACUUAAUUUCUAGGAAAAAAAAAACAACAAAAAAAUGGAACCUGCUAUCCUUACAGGGCCAUUUCAAUUUGCUUCAUCCCCCAGAGUAAAACCUUCAUUUCAUGUCUCCUCAACUGUUUAUCUUUUUCAAGCCAGGAAGCUCAGAAGAGCAUAUCUGUGCAAUCCAGGAAGGACAUCAAAAUGUGUGCAUUAUUAAUUCAAGACUGGAAUAGGCUUUUACUAUUCUACGAAGACUACUUCUGAGCCCACCAUGACUCAUCCUUUUGAUUACUUCUGCUUGAGUAACACAUGUCUAGAUUUGUGACGUCUUUUCGGAAAUCAUGUUUUCACAUUUUUCAAUUUUUGUCA